CCGCUGUGGGUUUGACAUUAGGUUCGGGUUUUACCUCAGCUUUCUUUAUUCCACCCUACCUCCCCGUUUCUUUCCCUGUUUAAUGCGCCCCAGCCUGCCGUAUGUGUCUAUUUAUUUAUUUAUGCUUUCUGUCUCACAGUGUUUAGUUGUUUUGUUUUAAGUUUUAGACGUUCCUCCAAUGAGAAGGCGUAAAAGAUGGAGCUUCAUAUCUUAGAGCACAGCUUGAAAGUGGCGAGUAUAGAGAAAGAGGGGAUCGAGAUUUGCACCCAUGGAUUAAUAAAACUCGCCUUCCUGGCCUCCAAAACAAGAUGCAAGUUCUUCAGUUUGACGGAGACUCCAGAGGACUACACUAUCAUCGUGGACGAGGAAGGAUUUAAAGAGCUGCCCCAGUCAAAUCUCAUCAGUGUUGCCGAUUCAACAUGGCUGGCGCUCAACGUGGUUUCCGGCGGCGGCAACGCUUCCAGCUCGCAGCCAAUCGGCGUCACCAAAAUCGCCAAAUCAGUCAUCGCGCCACUGGCCGACCACAACAUCUCUGUUUUUAUGCUGUCAACGUAUCAGACCGACUUCAUCCUGGUCCGAGAGCGCGACCUACCGAUGGUCAUGCACACUCUGUCUUCCGAGUUCACACUGUUCCGGGUUGUCAAUGGAGAAACAGUCGCCGCACACAACCUGGGAAUCUCCAACGGAUUUGUGAAGCCGAAACUUGUGCCGCGCCCCAUCAUUCACCCUCUAUCCAGCCCCAGCAACAUGUUCUGUGUGACCAGCUUGGACCCAGACACGCUGCCCUCCGUCGCCACGCUGCUCAUGGACGUCAUGUUCUACUCUAGAGGGUCAAAAGAGGUCGGGGCGUCCGGCGAGGACUCCAGUCACAUCCGCUUCUUCUCCUUCUCUCUGAUCGAGGGCUAUAUCUCACUGGUCAUGGACGAGCAGACAGCUCAGAGGUUCCCAAACAACGUUCUGUUCACCAGCGCCUCUGGUGAGCUCUGGAAAAUGGUUCGAAUUGGAGGACAACCUUUAGGCUUUGAUGAAUGUGGCAUCGUGGCUCAGAUAUCAGAACCUCUGGCAACAGCUGACAUUCCUGCUUACUACAUUAGUACCUUCAAGUUUGACCACGCUCUGGUCCCGGAGGAGAACAUCCAGAGCGUGAUCAGAGCUCUGCGGACCGAGAGCACAGCGCAGUGAACGACCUUGUUUCUUUUCUUUUUUCCAGUCAUUUCGUUCAAACGUUUAUCAUCGCCCGAAAAGUGCCAAGAGUGUGUUGGUGGGUUGCUGUGGAUCAGCUCAGAGAAGGAGGAGGCUUCUGCUGCCAUCACUGUUGUUUUUCUCCCUGGAGCCCCCUGCUGGCCGCUGGCCGCCACUGCUUUAGUUUGCUACACUUGAUGUUUCUUUACCUCUACAAGCUGCUUCCUCCCACCAGCACCAUACUGUAAAACCUACUUCAAUCCUCUCAAGGAAGAAUGACGAAUGUACUCCAAAUCAAAGAAAUAUUCAGUAAGCUCUCCAUCUCGUCCCCCUCCCCCAUCGUUUUCUCAGUGCCAAUGUUCUUGAACGCCGAACCCGAUGCCUUGUCUGACCGCUGCAUGUUUGCAGUGAAGGAGGCGGUUUCAGAGUUACACUUUUGAUUUGAUCUUUUAGUCUAUGUUAAACUGAACCAGCAAUGACCUGACCCAGUCCUUCACACCUUAUGGUUAUUAUGGGAAGUCUGGUCUGGCGACGCAUGAAGGAAAUCAUAAGAUGUGCUUUGGGAUGUUUGGUGAAUUCACACUGUGAGCAGCCUGGCUGAUUUUAGAACUGAGACUCAAAUGAACUUUUUUUUCUGUCUUGAAUUUAGCAUUUAUUACUCUCCAUAAUCUAAUAAAUCAAUACUUAAAUCAUUGAGAUUGCUUUUAAAAUUGGAACCGAAAAGAUUUGAUUUCAGGUUUAUAUGCAGCACUUUAAAGACACUCCAGCAUCAUUGCACCUUUAUUGUUUAGUGUUUACAGGUCAACUUUACUCCUCCCAAAUGAAAUAUUUUCCAAAAGUUUGUCCCUAAAACCUAAACUGGUUUCUGGAAAGUUCUUCUCAGUUUCCAGAACUGAGAGGAACUUUAAAAAACUUGCAGGUUAGUUUUCUGAUUUUAACAGACGCAUCGUAACAAACCCGACAAUUGUCACCAAUUUGAAGUUAUCAAAAUUGUAGAAAUUUACAGAUAUGAUGUUUUAUAUCUUAUCUCGCUGUUGUUUCUAAGACACAAACAAGUCGUUACAACAUCUUGAUGACAUGGUGAAGUUGUUUUUGACAUGGUUAGGAGAGAAAACAUUUUGAGGACAGAAACAUGAGUCAGCUUGAACCUCCAUAGCAUUAGAUGCUCUCAAUGCAGAAACAAUCAUUCAUAUGAGCCAUAAAGCAUCUGAAGCAAACCUGAAUGUUUUCUUCAUUUCUUCUAACCAAACUCUAAGCUUUCAGUGAUGCUUUCCAAAUGCUUAAAUCAACAUUUUCAUCAGAAACAGCUGGAAACUCGGCUAUCUGUGCUUUUUCCCUUCCUGUCGGGUUUUUAUUGUUGCACAAAACUGCAAAAUAAAUCCUUCACAGAUUAAUGCUUCCUUAAGGCACUGCACAAUAAUCUUUAAAAGCUCUUUUUGAUUUAAAAAUGACUUAAUUUUAGAAGUAAAUGAUGUGCUGUUGAUCCAGUCAGACCAGGUUUAAAACUCCAGUUUUGAGUUGUACUCUGCAUUAAAAACAAAAUCCUUCAACUAUUAUCGAGGGUUUACAGAAGAUGAUUAGGGCCACUGAAUAAAAACAGAAUUUUGAAUUUAAUCUCAGAAUUUAGACUUUUUUUCUGAAUUCAUUCUUUGAAUUCUAAUUCUGCGUCAAAAUCUAAAAGUGGCUGUUUCUUUCUUGUUUCAGAAUUGUAAACGUUAUCCACACUAGAAGCCUGUUUUAAGACUUAAGGUUUGAGUUUUAAGACUAGAUUUGGAUGAAAUUGUGCAUAAACAAUUGAGGGGGAAAAAGUUACAAUUCUGAGAUUAAAGUUCUUUUUUUUUUUUAAAUGUCUCUAAUCCUGUAAAGUGUUUACACUUUAAAACCAACUGUUCCACCUCAGAACAGGUCAAUAGAAACCUGCACUCUGCCAUGUUUUGACGCUGGCGUUGCUCACAGUGUGGCGCCGCAGUGAGACUUGAUGAAUGAUGAUCUACAGUCGUAAUAAAUUACUGAGCCACUUUGAAAAUGUGCUGAACAUAAGCUACGGUUCACAGGGGGAAGGAAGGCUCCUCUCCGACCCCUGGUGUCCACUUAGGUCUUGAAGCCGCCCCCCCCCCUCCGGCUCCAAUCUGCACUUUAACGCAGGUCCCCCCUCCACCCCACACUGACCUGCUGUACUGAUGUGAAACCAGAGAGGACUUCUCACUUCACAAUGAUUUUAUCCACGUGGAAGAAGUAGUGACGAUGUUUCUCCCUGGCCUUCAAACCUCUGAUCAGAUUAGUAGAAAUCAUGUCUAUCAGUGUUAAAACUCCAGGAAGGUAACUUUUGUUUUUCUGAUUGCAUUUCAAAGAAACAUGUUGAAAACUUUUCAUUUGGAGCUUCUCGUGUGAAAACAAAAUAAACGAGCUGUUGUUUUUUU